CUGCUCGCGGCUGCUCAGCCAUGCCGAUGGCGAUGGCGAAAUCGCUCUCCCUCGCCCCCAAAUCCCUCCUCUUCCUCCGCCCCUUCGUGUCUCCUGCCGUCCUCGCUCUCUCGUCGUCCUCGUUUCCCCCCGCGCCGCCGCGUUUCUUCUCCACCACCUCCACCCCCUACCCUCUCCAGUACGACCUCAUCGUCAACCGCCCGACCCAGUCCUCGCUCGCCAGGACCCGCCCCCGUCUCGGCGGCGGUGGCGGCGGCGAGAGCGCCCCCGACCCCGACCCCGACCCCGACCCGGACGCCUCCGAGAGGCCGGACGUGGAGCUCGGGUUCGACGACUGGGCGGACCGGAAGCUCUCGGGGGCGGAUCCGGGGAUGGACAAGUCGAAGAGGAAGUACUACAGCAAGAGGAUGAAGAGGAUGUACGGGUCCGAUUCCGAGGACGAGAGGAGGCGGAGUGAGGCGGAGGGCGGGUUCGUGGAGUUGAGGCCCGAGGUGGUGGAGUUCCAUAGGUUGCACAAGAGGGAGGAGGAGCUGUACUUCUACGAUGCGUUCGCUUACCCGUGGGAGAAGGACAAGCAUUACAAGAUGGUGUAUCAGCUGGAGAAGAAGUAUUUCCCCGAGCAUUGCCUCGAUAAGGCGUUCCUCGAGCCUGGAGAGAGUGGUGGGACGAAGGGAAAUGCGGGCGCGAAGGGGAAGAAGGAUAAGGGGAGAGUGAACGAGGGCAAGGAAAAGAUGGAGGAUAAGAAAUUGGUGUUCUUUGAGAAGGAGGAGAAGAAGGAUGGUGAUGACUUGACGAGGGAGGAGGGGAAGAAGGAUGUGAUGGAGAAGAAGGUGGAGGAGUUCUUCAAGUGUUUGAAGAAAGUUCCCAGUGAAAAAAAUGCGGUGACUGAGGGCGAGCCCUAUGUUUUGACUCGAAGUACUGAACUUCCUCCGAGAUGGGAUGGGCCUCAUGGGACGGUGGUUUUGAUAAACAAACCCAAAGGUUGGACUUCAUUCACAGUUUGUGGAAAGCUUCGACGCUUGGUCAAAGUAAAAAAGGUUGGGCAUGCUGGUACUCUUGAUCCUAUGGCAACUGGAUUGUUAAUUGUAUGCGUGGGUAAAGCUACCAAGCUAGUGGAGACAUAUCAGGGUAUGGUAAAGGGUUAUAGCGGGGUUUUCCGUUUAGGAGAGGCCACAUCAACUUUGGACGCUGAUUCGCCAAUCAUCCAGCGUGAACCUUGGGAGCACAUCAAAGAUGAAGAUAUAAAGAGAACUGCGGCAUCCUUUCUUGGAGAGAUCUGGCAAGUCCCGCCAAUGUUUUCAGCCAUAAAAGUUGGUGGAGAAAAAAUGUAUGAUAAAGCCAGAAGAGGAGAAACUGUCGAACUUUCACCCAGAAGGAUUUCGAUACUCAAAUUUGACAUUGAACGCAGCCUGGAGGACAGACAAAAUUUGAUAUUCAGGGUAAUGUGUUCAAAAGGGACAUACAUCCGUUCUCUGUGUGCUGAUUUUGGGAAGACCCUCAGCAGCUGCGCUCAUUUGACUGCUUUAAGGAGAGACUCCAUAGGGCAAUAUUCUGCUGAUGAUGCUUGGGACUUCAAGGAUUUAGAAGAAGCUAUAACCAAGGGAUACUUUUAGAUUCUUUAAUUUCCCUCCAUAGAAGAUACAAUCAUCAAGAUAUCUCCAGCAAAUGAGGAGAGCUUGUGUAUUGCCUUGUUCUUUCAGUCACCAUAUCUAUGUGUGUGCAGUUUCAUAGAGGAGGUUUUUUUCUUUUUGCCAGUAUAGAGGAGAUUGUAGUCCAUUUAUUAACGUUUUACAAUGACAGGCAUAAUAAUCUUUUUUUAUUUUAUGGAAAUCCCUUUUCGUCUGUUUUUUCCC